AUGGCAGAAUAUUGGCGACAUGUAUGGCAGAGCAGUGAAGUUCUGGGUGACUAUAUCUCUGCACAUCAUUACCUAUUCGAAGGAUGCAUAGUUCUUGAAUUGGGUGCUGGUUGUACUGGAAUACCAGGAUUAGUUGCAGCGAAAUGUGGAGCCAAAUUGGUUAUUUUUACGGAUCAUCCUGAAAGCGAAGAGGCUUUCAAAAUUUUGAAAAAAAACUGCACUGGGAAUGGUCUUAAUGAACAUUCCUUUUUAAUAAAGGAUUUAGACUGGAAUGGAUCAACAAACCUUAAUCAGAUUCUGGAUGAUGUGCCUAUAUUGCAUUAUAUUUUAGCAGCAGAUGUUUUCUACGAUAUUACAGUGUUUGGAGCGUUUAUGCACACUGUUACAUCAUUAUUACAGCAAUAUCCCAAAGCGGCAUGCAUAUUUGCUUAUGAAGAGAGAAACAGUAAUUGGUCGAUCGAGGAUCUGCUUCUGCUGAAUGAGUUAUGCUGUAGCGUAUACGCAUCGUUGAUACCGAUCUUCAUACAAUUCACAUUGGGAUUAUUUUUAGUAAGAAAGAGCUUAGGACCCGCUACAUCCUCGGGUAGGGAGGAUCCUGAUACAGUUCUGAGAUUACAAGAAUUAGCGCUUUCCCUAGUGCAUGUGGAAUGGAGAUCUUUGUUAGAGUACAAUGGACGCACAAUUUUACCUUACAUUUUAUAUUGUUUAGUAAAUCUACGCAUACAACAUAUACCCAGCAGUGUCAAAUUCAUAACAAAAGGAUUACCGAUUCAUUGCUUCUCCCCAAGAUUUCAGCGACAGUCUCUUUUUAUAACGUCCGUAAAAAUAUCAGUCAAGUAA